AGGUUACAGUCGCUCGCUCUUCUUGAGCUGUGUUUAAGACAGCCAGGCAGCUGCUUUUCUGGUCGCCUUGAACGCUGUCCUCCUUUUCGGCUUUUUGUACUUUUUGUACUAGAAGCGCCGAAGAAAUGACUUUCCUGUCGAUGAUUUAGCGAGUUUGUGUCCUUAAAAGUGCUUGAAGUCACCUGAGCUGAGCCGCUGACUUGCCACCAUGAGAAGCAGGAGCAACUCGGGCGUUAAACUUGACAACUAUGCCCGGAUGGUGCACCAAACUAUCCUGAGGCACCAAGAUCCAGUAACGGGUCUUCUGCCAGGCAGCACGGAUCAGCAGCACUCCUGGGUCAGAGACAACGUCUACAGCGUCCUGUCUGUGUGGGCCCUCAGUCUGGCCUACAGGAAGAACGCUGACAGGGAUGAAGACAAGGCCAAGGCCUACGAGCUGGAGCAGAGUGUGGUGAAGUUAAUGAGAGGGAUCCUCCAGUGCAUAAUGAGGCAGCUGGAUAAGGUGGAGAAGUUUAAAUACAGCAGAAGUACCUCAGACUCGCUCCAUGCCAAGUACAACACCAGGACCUGUGCUCCUGUUGUUGGAGACGACCAGUGGGGUCACCUGCAGGUCGACGCCACCUCACUCUUCCUGUUCUUCCUUGCUCAGAUGACUGCAUCUGGUCUCCAUAUCGUCUACACCCAAGAUGAAGUGGACGUCGUUCAGAAUCUCAUGUUCUACAUUGAGGCGGCUUACAAAGUGGCUGAUUAUGGGAUGUGGGAAAGAGGAGACAAAACCAACCAGGGCAUCACUGAGAUCAACGCCAGCUCUAUAGGCAUGGCCAAGGCAGCUCUGGAGGCUUUGGAUGACCUCAACCUGUUUGGGGCAAAAGGAGGACCUGGAUCUGUGGUCCACGCCUUGGCCGAUGACAUACAGCACUGCCAGUCCAUCCUGACGUCGAUGUUACCCAGUGCGUCCGUCUCUAAAGAGGUGGAUGCCGGAGUCCUGGCUAUCAUCUCGUACCCUGCCUUCGCUGUGGAGGACAUGAGCAUAGUCAACAUGACCAAGGAGGAGAUCAUCUCCAAACUGCAGGGUCGAUACGGCUGCUGCAGGUUUCUCAGAGAUGGACACAAAACGCCCAAAGAGGAUCCAAACCGUCUCUAUUAUGAGUCUGCAGAACUGAAACUCUUUGAAAACAUAGAGUGUGAGUGGCCGCUGUUCUGGACCUACCUCAUACUGGAUGGCAUUUUUAUCAACAGCCCCGAACAGGUGCAAGAAUACCAGGAGGCUCUGGAGGGGAUCCUGAUCAAACAGAAAGACGGGAUACGGCUGGUGCCAGAGCUCUACAGUGUCCCCCCAGAUAAGGUGGAGGAGGAGUACAUGAACCCUCACUCUGUGGAGAGGAUCCCUAUGGGUAAAUUACCUCUGACAUGGGGACAGUCUCUGUACAUCCUGGGAAACCUUUUGAAUGAGGGAUUCCUCGCUCCCGGAGAGAUCGACCCUCUUAACCGACGAUUCGCCACCAUCCCCAAGCCCGAUGUGGUCGUACAAGUGUCAAUUCUGGCAGAGACUAAGGAGAUUAAAGAGUUGCUGUGCAAGAACGGUAUAGAUGUGGAGACCAUUGCUGACAUCCAUCCCAUCCACGUGCAGCCGUCCAGUGUCCUCAGUCACAUCUACGCCAGACUUGGUCGUAACCCGAGGCUGGGUCUAACGGGGCGGCCCUACAGGAGAAUAGGAGUGCUGGGAACCUCCAAAUUCUACAUCAUCAGGAACACCAUGUUCACAUUCACACCUCAGUUCAUCGACCACCAGCAGUUCUACUUGGCGUUGGACAACAAAAUGAUCGUGGAGAUGUUGAGGACAGAAAUCGCCUACCUCUCAUCCAGGUGGAGGAUGACCGGACGCCCCACGGUCACUUUUCCCAUUUCACAGACUAUGUUGACUGAAGACCACAAAGACCUGGACCCUGCCGUCUUGGCUACACUGAAGAAGCUACAGGAUGGAUAUUACGGAGGAGCAAGGACCCAGACGGGGAAGCUGUCGGAGUUCUUGACCACUUCCUGUUUCGCUCACCUGAGCUUCCUGGACGGUAAGGGUUCUGGCAGCAUGAGCCGCCACGACGAAGCAUAUGAUGAUGAUUCGGGUGACAGCGAUGGAUACAUGCAUGAGUUGCAUUAUGAUGAUGAGGCCGAUGACCUUGCCCAGUACCUGGACCACCUGCUGGCUCACGCUACCCCCAAGAAGCCUAAACAGCAGGUCGGAGGUUUGGGGAGGUUCAAGGCCGUGGCCACCAAAACCAAGCAGAUGGUGUCUCUGAUGAACAAGGCUCAAGACCUCGACAUACACAAUGUCAACAUGUACCUGCCGAACAAGCUCUUCCGCUCUCCUCAGCCUUCGCUCAACCUGAACCUCCCAGAAGCCUCUCCACCUCAAGAAACUCAGCGCCCAGAGGUGUCGGUCACAACAGAGAGCGUUAUCCCACGAGAUGCCAGCGGAGCCAUCGACUACAACGCUUUAGCAGGGCUGCUAAAAGACACACAAAGUCUCCAGGACCAGGCUGACAUACUCUACAUCCUCUUCAAAGACAAGGGUAUGGACUGGGACACCAACCUGCACGGUAAAGGCUCCACGGUGAGAUCUCUGCUGAGUGACCUUUAUGAGAAGGCAGGUGAACUCAAAAGCUGGAGUCUCAUCAGGAUGAUCUCUGGCAUGCUGAGGAAGAAGGUGGAGGAGCUCGAUGCGGCCUGCACUGAUUUGCUGGCGCAUCAGAAGCACCUGACGGUGGGUCUGCCUCCUGAGCCGAGAGAGAAAACCAUCACUGCUCCCAUACCCCCAGACCAGCUGGCUGCCCUCAUCGACGAGGCCAGCGACAACAACAUCAGCGUGGCCAUACUCACUCAGGAGAUCAUGGUGUACCUGGCUAUGAGCAUCAGGACUCAGCCCAGCCUGUUCAGUGAGAUGUUCAGGCUCCGUAUUGGUCUCAUCAUCCAGGUCAUGGCCACCGAACUGGCCCAAUCACUCAACUGCUCAGGAGAGGAGGCUACAGAGAGUCUGAUGAGUCUCAGCCCAUCAGAACUGAAGAAUCUCCUCCACCACAUCCUCAGUGGGAAAGAGUUUGGGGUGCAGCGCAGCGUUAGAGAGAUGGAUGCCGGCGUCAGUCCUGCCAUCUCCAUCCAUCACCUGGGCAAUGUGGGCGCCACCAAGAGCGAACGGGCCGGCAUCAGCAAACUGAAGAGCGACAUGAAGAUGCUGGAACACAGGUUGUCUUUGACGGAUCCGAGCAAGGCAGAGCACAGGUUGUCCUUAACGGAUCCAUUUAAGCUCGACCAGUCACUGACGUCCUUUCACAAGGGCAUGCGAUCUCAGUCCAUGGACGUAGAAAACUUUGAAUCUGGGAAAUACCGGCUGCAGUCCAUGGAAUCUCUGGACAUUCCGGAGUGCAUUCCGGUUGCCAAAGAUACCAGACAUGGCCAAUGGCUGCGCAGGAGGCGUCUGGACGGGGCGCUGAACCGAGUCCCGGUCGGUUUCUACCAGAAAGUCUGGAAGAUCCUGCAGAAGUGCCAUGGUUUGUCCAUAGAUGGAUUUGUCCUUCCUUCUUCAACCACCAGAGAGAUGACACCGGGAGAGAUUAAAUUCUCCCUCCACGUGGAGACUGUUUUGAACCGCAUCCCUCAGCCUGAGUACCGACAGCUGCUGGUGGAGGCCAUCCUGGUGCUCACUAUGCUCGCGGACGUGGAGAUCCCGAGCAUCGGCUCAAUCAUCCACGUGGAGAAAAUCGUCCACGUUGCCAACGACAUGUUCUACAAGGAUCAGAGGGACCUGGGAGCAGAGGAGCACAUCCUGGAGAGAGACCCGUCCACCGGAGUGUGCCGGCUGCUGUACGACAGCGCCCCCAGUGGCCGCUUCGGGAGCAUGACCUACCUCACCAAGGCAGUGGCGGUGUACGUGCAGGACUUCCUGCCCAGUGGGGCCUGUGCGGUGCAGUGAGAGGACGCCCCAAGAAACCAGAGCAGGGGUGAAUCCACUCAGAUGAUGAAUAUGAAUAUGAAAAGAAGUUAAAGCUAAAGUUUGCAACAUUUUUUACAUAAAAAUUACAAUAAAUUAACAGCACAUGAAUAUGAGUUGUUGUAUGUUGUCACUGUGUGUGUUAGUGCAGAGUUUAACAGGAUCAGAAACGUGUAUUUAUGGGGCAUCAACACAAAGUCCUCAGUGUUUCGGUGACCCAGUCUUCAUGGCAACCUCUUCUUCACCUGUUCUUCCACUGUACUGUACUGCCAGAUAGUCCGACAACACUCAAAACUGUUGCAGCAGCUCUUGUGCCUCCACAUCAACUUGUCUUUGUGCGGCUAAACGGAAACAAAUCUGGCUGUAUUUUUCAUGAAAAGACCAAAAACCAAAGUUUCUCAAUAUUGUCUGACUUCUAUUCCCUCUCUAUUUGCCUGUUUGUGCCUAGUAAAGACGUACAUACAUAUACUUUAAUUUUUUAAGAAAACACUCUAAACUGCUCUAAAACUCUGUAGUUUUCAACACUUACUUAAACAGGAGUAAAAAGCAUAUUUGUGGGGGACAUUUGGUGGAUUUACUGCAGCAGGACAGUGACUCAAAAUAAACUACAGUGUCCAGGCUUUAAAUGGUUUUUGAAUAACAGUGCACACACAGGUAUAAGACAUCAGGCUUUGGAUACAAGACUUUGUUUUUGGUCUUUUUACAUGGUUUGUUGACGAUAAGAAAAAUAUAGAAAAAUCACCAGACUUGCAUAAAGUGACAAGGAUUAAUUUUCGAUCCUCUGCUCAUGCAGGUCUAAUGUAAGAACUAAGAGUUGAUUUUGAUCAAUGGAAAUGAACGUGAUUUGACCCUCAUAAAGCAUUUCAGUUUCUUCACAGCUAAGUAAACAUGAACUUUCAGCCAGAAUACACAGUUUAAAUACAAAUCUUAUCAUUCUGUGUUCAUCUAGAACUCCAGAGACUCUGUUGACUUUGCAGCUUUAACAUAAAGUUUUACAAAAUCUAAACUAAAUAAUUCUUCUAACUGGUACUAAUUUAUUACGACACAUAUGUUUUGCAUUGCAGCUCGCCUGCUAAAACUCAUGCUGUAUGAUGUUUAAACAAUGACAAACAUUAGAUAAUCUAUAACCUAUUUAUUUUAUUGCUCUUAAAUGAUAAUUUAAAGGAAGCUUCAACAGAUAUCAGAUGUGUCUGAAAGAGGACACGGGGCUGUUCUUGGAGAUUUCUUCAAUGCCUUAACAGCUGUUCUUUUAUUUAACUAUGCAAAAACAGAAGAUUGUGUCAUAAUUAAAACCGUUUUGUUCAUUUUUUAACACGUGAAGAACUGUUAUUGUGAUGAUUUGUUGAAAUAAAAGCUUUUUCUGCAUGCACUUGUUUUGAAUGCAGUGCUUUCUAAGUCAGCUUGAUCCGUGAAAUUCAGAUUUCUGUCCUCUUAAAAAGGGAAAUGCCUUAAUUUAAUGAACUAAACUGUCAUUUUGUUUUGAGUUCUUUUGGUGUAAUUGCAGUAAAACUUUCGACCGUUUACUCAAAUCUGUUAUUUUACAUUUGUAUGUACACAUUUAACUGUUUUAAGGAUUCAGUGUCUAGCACAUAGAAGAUGUUACAGAGAAUAAAUUGAAUGUAAUACAAUAAUGUUUAUGUUUUAACUUUUGCUAUUGGUGUGAAACGUGUGAUGCCUCUUGGUUAAUUGUACAAUAACCGACUGAUACUUGAGUUUAUUUUGUGAUAUUAGAAGAUGUGUGAGCGGCACACUCUGUGUGAACUCCAAAAUAACAUGGCAGAAUGGGAGUGAGUCACUUCUCCGCAUAAUACCGUCCGCUGAACAGCUAGUGGAUGUUUUUCUCGCUUGUGAAACUAAUUCUGUAAUAAAACUGAGAUGAAAUACGUUA